AAAAGGUGGAAGAAAGAGAAAAAAUAAAGAAAGAAAAGGAGAAGAAAGGAGAAAGAAGGGUUUUAGCAGCUCACUGUUCAACUGUUCUACAGUAGUUCAAUCAAGUGAGCAUUAUGAAUUCUGCAGCUUCGAAAAGCAUAUGGUAUAGGAGGCAGCAAUGCCCAUGUGGGGAUUGGAAAUGUUAUAUUACACAUGAGGGAGAUGUGGAGGAGCCAUCCAUGACUUCUCAAUUGGCGAAGUAUAAUACCAUGUCAACUGAAGCUAUGGUUGCCCCUUAUGUAGGGAUGGUGUUUAAGAGUGAUGAGGAUGCUUUUGAAUAUUACGGAAAUUUUGCCCGAAAGAAUGGGUUCUCAAUAAGAAAAGAGCGGUCUAGGCUGAGCCCACAGUUGGGUGUUUAUAAGCGCGACUUUGUUUGCUAUCGUUCAGGUUUUGCGCCUGCAAGAAAAAAGCCCACUGGGGAGCACCAUAGGGAUAGGAAGUCAGUUAGGUGUGGGUGUGAUGCAAAAAUGUAUUUGUCAAAGGAGGUUGUUGAUGGGGUUUCCCAAUGGUUUGUCGUGCAAUUCAGUAAUGUGCAUAACCAUGAACUGUUGGAAGAUGACCAAGUGCGUCUCCUUCCUGCAUACCGAAAAAUUCAUGAGGUGGAUCAAGAGCGGAUUCUGUUGCUUUCUAAAGCUGGGUUUCCUACACAUCGUAUAGUAAAGGUGCUGGAGAUGGAAAAAGGAAUUCAAGGUGGACAGUUGCCCUUUUUGGAGAGGGAUGUAAGGAAUUUUAUUCAAAACCGUAAGAGAGUUGUGCAAGAAAAUGAUGCUUUACUCUCUGAAAAAAGAGAAAAUGAUACCACAGAACUUCUUGAAGCAUGCAAGGCUACUAAAGAGGCAGAUGAAAACUUUGUUUAUGAUUUUACUGUGGAUGAGAGCGAUAAGGUGGAGAACAUUGCAUGGUCAUAUGGGGAGUCUGUUCAUGCAUACAAUGUAUUCAGUGACGUAGUUUAUUUUGACACUACUUACCGUUCGAUCACAUAUGGUAUGCUUUUUGGAGCAUGGUUUGGUAUCGACAACCAUGGCAAAACCGUUUUCUUUGGUUGUGUUCUGUUGCAGGACGAAACACACCGUUCCUUUGCAUGGGCAUUGCAGACUUUUGUCCAAUUUAUGAAAGGAAGACCCCCACAGGCAAUUAUAACUGAUCUUGAUCCAGGGCUUAGAGAUGCUAUAAGAAGUGAAUUACCAACUACUAAACAUGUUAUUUCUGUAUGGAAUAUCCUGGCCAAAUUAUCCAGUUGGUUCUCUCUUCCUCUUGGAUUACAAUAUGCAGAAUUUAAAUCUGAGUUUGAGGCAUUAUAUUGUCUGGAGGUUCCAGAUGAGUUUGACUUGCGUUGGAAUCAGAUGGUGUCUAGGUUUGGGCUUAGUUCAGACAAACACAUUGCUUUACUCUUUUCUUUGCGGGCAUCUUGGGCAUUAGCCUUCAUAAGAGGAUAUUUUCUGGCUCGAAUGACAACAGAACUGUAUGCAAAGUCAGUAGAUUCAUUCUUGAAAGGAAUCUUCAAUGCUCAAACAUGUCUGCGCAGCUUUUUCGAGCAGGUAGGUAUUUCUUCCAAUUUCCAAAAUCACGAAUUUGAAGAGAUGCAAUAUGUGCAUAGUAAAACAUGCAUUCCCAUUGAAGAGAAUGCACGAAGUACUCUUACUCCUUUUGCUUUCAGAGCAUUACAACAUGAGUUGGUGCUGGCUAUGCAAUAUGCUGCAUCUGAAAUGUCUACUGGAUCCUAUAUUGUCCGCCACUUCAGUAAGAUGGAAGGAGAGCGCCUUGUACUAUGGAUCCCUGAAGAGGAACAAAUUCACUGUUCCUGUAAGGAGUUUGAAUUUUCAGGAAUUUUAUGCAGGCAUGCCCUUCGUAUACUUGUCAUGAAGAACUAUUUUCAACUUCCUGAAAAAUAUUUUCCUAGCAGAUGGCGACGAGAAAGCACACUAAUUCCUUAUGAUGAUCGAAAUACUCAAAAUGGUGAUGAUGAAUGGUUUCAAGAAUUCCAUUCCUUGACUGCAACUCUAUUUAAUGAAUCAUCAAUGACAAAGGAGCGUUCUGAUCAUGUUCGUAGAGAACUUACAAAAGAAAUUACAAGGCUCCUUAAUGAGGUUAGAGGUAUGCCACCUAGUGAAGAAGUUAUGGAUUCAACGCUUUCACCCACUAGUUGAUACUGGAAUUGUGAGUGCUGUCUAUUCUAGCAUAUGUAAUCACAGGGACCUUGUGUCUAUCAGAAACGAGGACAGCUGAAAAAGACAUGAAAAAAAGGGUGUUGAAAGGCCAGAUGGGUUACACAUUCUCUUGUCUUCUUGCAAGCAGAACAGAUGUUUCUUUGAGAAAUUGGGCUACUGAAAAGUAGGUAUUGGAUUACUGAUUUCUGUACACUCACCAACAAGUAGCUGGAGUUUCCUGGAUCAAUGAUUUGGAAGGCUGCAAAAUAUACAGAAGGCAAUGUGAACUUAUUUAAGGUGGUGUCCUGUGCAAAUUUUCAUAAAAGGACCUUUUUUUUUAAUAAGAAAGAGGAGAAAUAUUUGCUUUUAUAUGCUUUUGGCUAUUUUUCCCCUUAACUUGAAAGAGUUGCUUUCCAUAAGAGCUUGCUUUAUUUCAGAACAUGUAAGAUGUAAAGGUGUCUGGCUUUAGACUUAAUGUUUCUUAGAUACUUCAUUUCUACCUUUUUAUGGAGUUUACUAAUUUUGAUUCAUGCAAAAUAAAUUAAAGUUGGGAUUUGGGAUAGUUAACAACUUUAUGUUCUUUUUUUUGUGGGCUAAAAAAGGAAAAAAUGGAAGUGAAAAAAGAAUGUUAAUAUAGUGGUGCUUUUUAUAAAGCGCAAUUCAUUAAUCACUUGAAGAAUUUGAGUGCAAGGUUCACGUUUGAAGUUUUGGGCCUUUAAAAAUGAACUGUUGGGAUUGCAUCAGCUUUCUUAUGAAACUCCUUGAUGCUUAUGAAGUAAAUGUUGUGAAUAGCCUUUCUGUGAAUUCAAUUUGUGAAGUGUUAAAGUUUGCAGCUCUUUAUUUUUACAUAGCUGAUGCUUGGCCUUAUAUAAACACGCAUCACAAAUUUGUUCCUUUAGAAAAAUAUUUAAAUGUAGUUCAGACUUAAUUUCCAUGUCUUACAUGUCAAAAUCUUUUUAUGUUGAUCUUCUAUAAUUUUUGUUUUCUUAUUGCCAGAUAAUCUGCUACUUUCCGGUAUUAGUAUGGGUCUCAUUCUCAUUUUUUGCCCAUGUACUGCUCUUGGUCUUUGCAUACAUCUGUGUGCAUGGGUUGCCCCUUUUGGCACUUAUUGUAUAAUAUUUGCUUAUCAAAAAAGGCUUUUUUCCUGUGCACAUUCAUUUUAGAUUUUCUUAAACUAAGCCCUAGAUGGUAAACCUCAAACUUCACUGGUCUUGUUCAUUUUGGAUCUUCUCAUUGUCAUUUUUUGCCCAUGUACUGCUCUUGGUCUUUGCAUACAUCUGUGCACACAGGUUGCCCCUUUUGGCACUUAUUGUAUAAUAUUUGCCUAACAACAAAGGUUUUUGGCCUGUGCGCUGCUGUUUUUUUUUUGGCACAAUAAGUUGAUGAUGCUGUUGAAAUCGUUGUGGAGGGAUGGUGUCUUAAUGAAUGUGAAACAUGUUCAUUUUAGAUCUUCAUUAACAAAAACCUAGAUGGUAAACCUCAAACUUCACUGGUUGGACUUUUAUAUGAGGUGGUUGAUUACUUGAUGAUGUUGUAAACUAUUUGGAAUGUGAUCAGCAUAUGUUAUUUAUAUCUGUAUUAAAAAAUCUAGACCAUUUUCCUUUUCUGCUCUAGGAGGAUCUCAUGUAGAAAUUUUCUUUAUUUUUUUCCCUGUUUCCACUGCAACAGGAACAAUCAUGGACAUCAAAGGUCAACUUUUUUAUCCAUACAAUGUCUGUAUCAUGACUUUUUGUUUCCUAAGAAAUCAAUUUAGUGGUUCAACUAUGAAUUAGUAGAAAACCACAUGGAAAUGGUAUAUUUCCUUAAAUAUAGCAUUAUUUGAGCCUGCAUGUUCAUUUAAAAUAAAUUCAUAAGGGAAAUUACUGAAAUGGUAAUAAAGUAGAAAUUUUGACUUAUUUUGAGUAUUAGCACAACCUUGUAAUAUCAGUCUCUAAGCAUCUAGCUUUAUUUACAAAUAAUUUAUCUGUUUCUGUUAUAUGUUAUAUUUUGUUGGAUAUGCUAGUUCUAAUUUUUUGCCCCUGGUCUUGAUUUGGAUGUCAUGUAACAAACCCUUAUAGUUUAUGAUGAUUUCAUUAGUUACAAUAUGCAGAAUCCAUGCUAGUAGGGAAGUAAUGUUACAGUUAUGUCUGGACUUUGAACAUAGUUAAUCAUAAUGCUAUUCUGUGAGAUCCUCCAGGUUGCAACAGGGAAGUGAAUUGCCACUGAGAGGUGAAAUUGUUCAUCCUUUGUCAAAAUAAUAAAAAUAAAUUCUGGGGUUGAAUUUCUCAGAUGCAGACUUUACAUUUGCUUUUGACUUUUUGUGCAACAAGUUCUUUUUUCUCUUUACUUUUUCCUUUUUGGCAACUCUUGUUAUAGUAAUGAAAUCAUCCCAUUCUUGGAAAAAAAACCAGUUCUCUAUGUAAUUAACUUGAUCUGAGAGAGAGUGAAUUUUCUUGUUAAUCAAAGAAAAAAGAAUUGUCAUAAAAAAAGACAGUUUAAGUUGAACUUUUACAUCUGAUGUAUUGACUUACCAACCAUGUACUGAUAGUCCUUGAUCCCAGGAUGGUGUGCCUGAAUUCUUUGUCAUAUAGGUUUCCUAUUUAUAUGCUGUGGCCCAUGGAGGUGAACAACCAGUAUAGCUGUACAUCCUUUGGUGUGGCCAAAUGUUGAGCUUUCUCGGUGGCAAGAACUUUAUCCUUUUCUAAUUGUUGCCAUUACAUUUUUAUCUAUUCCUCACUGUUGGUACAGGAUCUUGACAAGUUGAGUUGAUUUCUUUAUUGUGUCCAAAUGUUCUCCAUGGAGAAAUCUCCACUAUCUUGGGCACCCAAUUAAAUUCUAUGCAUUUGCAGCCUUGCACAGAGGUCUAGUGUUUAACUGUUCAGUAGUUUGGGUAUGCAAGAAUCAGAAAUUGGAUAAUUCUGCCAUGUUUAACUCAGUUUUCCAUUUGGUCGGUUUUCACUCAAUAUUAAUGAAGCUCUGCUGUAUUCAAGAGCCCUCAAGUUGGCUGUUCUGGACCAUUUUUGCAUUCCUCAUUUGGACAUCAGAAAGACCGAUGGAACUGAUUUCUUCAAGUUGUGGUGCUCUAUUAAUUCCUCCCAAUCUGGGGUCCUUCUAGACUUCUCCAUAACUGAUGUGCGGUAGCAGCUCAAUCACAGGGGAUGGGCCUGAGGUCACAUCUGAGUCCAACCAUGGGCAGGGAUGUGUGGUGGGGAUCUUUGGCUGUAACGAAAUUCAAGGACUUGGACAGAUAUCUCAGGGCAUUGAUGUUCUUUAUUUGUCCAAAAUAAUGGGGGUACAUCAAAUUGAGAUAAGUCUUGAAACAGUGAUUAAGAGUCUUCUUUUUUCCCUUGGGAAUGUGAACUUGGGUUUCUUUUCUACAAUCUAAUGGGUUCGUAUCUUUGUGGUUCUUCA